CGACUCCGGUCGGCCGACCGCGGCAUCUCGUUGGUGCUGCCGGGUGACCUCCAACCCCACGGGCGCGGGGCGGGGCCGGGAGGCCUACGCUCCGGGCGGGCGGCGGCUGCUGCAGCGGAACCCGGGAGCGGGGUCCGGCGCCGCCCGGGCCUUGGGGCGAUGUGAGCCCCAAGUGUGUCCCUGAGGGAUUCAGGUGACUUCUCUGCAGACUGCUUGCCAUGAUGUCAUACCAAGGACAAGGGGAAUAAAUUGGGGAUACUUCCCCAUGAUCAACUCCCCAAUGGCCUGGCUGAGGGCAGGCUGGCUGCUCUGACGCCAUGGGGAGCUGCUGCAGCUGCCUGAACAGAGACAGCGUCCCAGACAACCACCCCACCAAAUUCAAGGUGACGAAUGUAGAUGACGAGGGGGUGGAGCUGGGCUCAGGGGUGAUGGAGCUGACGCAGAGCGAGCUGGUGCUGCAUUUGCAUCGGCGUGAGGCUGUGCGUUGGCCCUACCUCUGCCUGCGGCGCUAUGGCUACGACUCCAACCUCUUCUCCUUCGAGAGUGGUCGCCGGUGUCAGACAGGCCAGGGGAUAUUUGCUUUCAAGUGUUCCCGGGCUGAGGAAAUCUUCAACCUCCUUCAGGAUCUGAUGCAGUGCAACAGCAUCAAUGUGAUGGAAGAGCCUGUCAUCAUCACCCGAAACAGCCACCCCAGUGAGCUCGACCUCCCUCGGGCCCCUCAGCCUCCCAACGCUCUAGGCUACACUGUCUCCAGCUUCUCCAACGGCUUCCCUGGCUGCCCGGGUGAGGGCCCAAGGUUCUCAGCUCCCCGGCGCCCCUCGACAAGCAGCCUGCGACACCCCUCACUUGGGGAAGAGUCCACCCAUGCCCUCAUUGCCCCUGAUGAACAGUCCCACACCUAUGUCAACACGCCAGCCAGUGAGGAUGACCACCGUAGGAGCCGGCACUGCCUGCAGCCCCUGCCUGAGGGUCAGGCACCCUUCCCCCCAGAGGCCCGGGCCCCGGACCAGCGGGACCCACAAGUGUUCUUGCAGCCGGGCCAGGUGAAGUUCGUGUUAGGCCCUACCCCUGCUCGGCGGCACAUGAUGAAGUGCCAGGGCCUCUGCCCCAGCCUGCAUGACCCAGCCCAUUACAACAACAACAACGAGGGCCUCUCCGAGUGCCCUGCGCAGCCCAAGUGCACCUAUGAGAACGUCAGUGGGGGGCUGCGGCGAGGGGCCGGCUGGAGACUGAGCCCAGAGGAGCCGGGCUGGAAUGGCCUUGCCCACCGCCGGGCUGCCCUGCUGCACUACGAGAACCUGCCCUCCCUGCCCCCUUUGUGGGAGAGCCAAGCCCAGCAGCUGGGGGAGGAGGCCGGCGAUGACGGGGACUCGAGGGACGGGCUCACACCCUCCUCCAACGGCUUCCCCGAUGGCGAGGAGGAUGAGACCCCCCUGCAGAAGCCCACCAGCACCCGGGCCGCCAUCCGCAGCCACGGCAGCUUCCCUGUGCCACUGACCCGCCGCCGUGGGUCCCCACGGGUCUUCAACUUCGAUUUCCGCCGGCCGGGCCCCGAGCCCCCAAGGCAGCUCAACUAUAUCCAGGUGGAGCUGAAGGGCUGGGGCGGAGAUUGCCCCAAGGGGUCCCAGAAUCCCUCAGGCCCCCGCACCCCUGUGCCCACCACCCACCCUGCCCGCAGCUCAGACUCCUACGCUGUGAUCGACCUCAAAAAGACCGUGGCCAUGUCCAACCUGCAGAGGGCUCUGCCCCGAGACGAUGGCACCGCCAGGAAAACACGGCACAACAGUACCGACCUGCCUCUGUAGGGCCGUCCCGGCCCUCGCCACCCUCCACCCCACUGCAGCCUCCGCCUCACUCUCCUGCCCUCUGAACCCUCCCACCCCAGGGCUCAGGGCCGCUUGGCAGAAGGCCAUAGGGGUGGGACCAGAUGCUUCCGGAGCUAGUUGGAGUCCCCAGGGAUGUCAGCCACUGAGUAUCCUGGUCUCCAAGUUGGGGAGAGAACUGGGUGGCCAGGUGAGGAGGGAGCCAAGACUUAAACCACGAAGUUUGAAUGAAUCCCAUGAUUGCAUUCAGCACCCUCCCAUAACGUCCAUUUGUCUUGUCUGUCAUCUGUCUGUGUGUAAUUUUUUUGGUUGAAAUUUUGAAACAUUUUGUACCUGUUGAUUUUAUUUAUCAGUUUAUUUUUCUAU